AUGCCUCUCUCACAUCGUGACUAUACGGUGGGCUGUAUCUGCCCUAUGGGGGUGGAACUGGCACCUGUCAAAGCCAUGUUGGAUCAUAUCCACCCCAACCUACCCACUCAGCGCGACCAGAACAGCUAUGCGCUAGGAGAAAUAGGUGGACACAACCUGGUGAUUGCCGUCCUGCCUGAGAUUGGGACCAGUUCGGCCGCGACGGUGGCGACCCAGCUCCUGAACGACUUUCCCUCCAUCCGGUUCGGGCUGCUGGUGGGGACUGGCGCCGGAGUACCCGAGGAAGAAGAGGAGGGCAAUGAUAUUCGUUUAGGAGACGUGGUGAUUAGCAAGCCGACUGCUACGUUUGGUGGAGUGGUCCAAUAUGACCAAGGCAAGUAUUCGACAAGUGGUGGCUUCGAACAAACCGGAUCGUUGGCGAAAACUCCACAGCUCCUACUAGCAAGUGUGGAAACGCUGGCAGCCGACCAUCGAAUAAAAGGAUCCCGAGUCCCGCAAUAUCUAUCGGAAAUGUUACAAAAAUUUCCCGUGAUGGAGGAGGAAUACUCACACCCCGGUACAGAACAGGAUCUACUAUUCCAAGCGGGCUAUCCUCAUCCGGGUAGUCCAAAUUGCCGCAGGUGUGACAAGCAACGAGUCGUAGAAAAGGAUAGUCGACGCAAUAAGAACCCCAAAUUCCACUAUAGCACGAUCGGAUCCGCCAACACGGUGGUCAAGGAUGCUGGGUUACGAGAGGAGCUACGGCGAGCAUUGAAGGUCAUAUGUGUCGAAAUGGAGGCUGCGGGUUUAAUGGAUUCAUUCCCCUGCUUGGUCAUUCGUGGAAUUUGUGACUAUGCCGACUCCCACAAGAACAAGAAGUGGCAGCCGUAUGCGGCAGCGACGGCGGCGGCGUACAUGAAGGAGUUGCUGUCCAUUAUACCAGCCCGAGAAGUGACCAAAAUACCCAAUGCCACAAUCGCGGUGCAGAUUUCACGUCUUUUCAUUGGUCGAGAAGUCGAAUUCCAGAAGAUGGAAGCCAUUCUGCAGCCUCAGUCUGAGUCUCCAGGUUCGACUAGGAAGGUGCUCAUUUUGGGUGGUAUGGGUGGCAUUGGCAAGACGCAACUGGCCAUCAUCUACGCCAAACGACGUCGUCAUUCGUACUCCUCCGUCUUCUGGUUGAACGCCAGCACCGAAGCAACACUGAACAACAGUCUGCGACAUUUUGCCAAUCGAAUCCUUCCGCCAGAGACAGUCAGCAACCUCGGAUCCGAUCAAGUCUGGGUUCAUAUUUCGAAUUGGCUAUCCGAAUUGGACAAUACUCGAUGGCUACUGAUUUUUGACAACUACGAUGACCCUGAUCAGUAUAGCAUAACAGAAUAUUAUCCAUCGGUAGCGCACGGAUCAAUCAUCAUUACCCCUCGGACACCAGAGGACCUUCAAGGAGAACAGAUCAAAAUAAAACACAUGACCGAAGAGGAGGACGGUCUACGAAUACUGGCCACCCGAUCAGACCGCAAAACCAUCCAAUCAGAUCCAGGGGCUCGUUUGCUGGCACGCAGGUUGGACGGCUUUCCACUGGCGUUAGCCACAGCAGGUGCUUUUCUGAAGCAAACUCCGGUCGAUUGCUCUACAUAUCUGCAGCGAUACGAAGGAGCGUGGCAAGUCACCGGUUUAUACGUCAGCCAACUGCCUGAGUACCCCAACCGCACUCUGUACACGACAUGGAGCCUAUCAGUGGCCCGAAUAAAAGACAAAAUGCCUCAAGCGGUACAUCUGCUUGCUUUUCUGGCCUAUUUCGAUCACCAGGACAUCUGGUUUGAGCUUUUUUGUGUGAACCAAGACAAAGACCAGCCGUCGUGGUAUAGGGAAGUGACCAAUCAUAAAUUCCUGUUCGUCGAGGCGAUGACAGUACUGACGAGGUAUUGUCUGGUCGAGACUCAUUAUGAGAAGGGUUCCUAUAGCCUCCACACAUGUGUCCACGACUGGACGCUAGACGGCUUGAAUCGUAAGGUUGAUGUGAGUCAAUAUUGGCUUGCAUUUGAUUGUGUCGCCGGCCACUUUGGGCCCGAAGACUGGGAUCAUCUGUCUACAAUUCAAUACCAGCGGUUCACAGGUCAUGCCCGCCGAUUUGUGCACGACCGGUUUCGACAAGCAGCGAACCACGACGAUUCAAUACGGACCAGACUCAAUCAAAUCGUAUAUUUGGCGGAGCUACUUUGGCAGCAAAUGCAGCAUAAAGCUGCGGAGCAGAUGUACAUUCGAGCGCUGGCCGGGCAUGAGAAGGCGCUGAGACCGGACCAUACGAGGACCCUCGGCGUCGUCAACAAUCUCGGGGUCCUAUACCGUGACCAAGGCAAGCUGGCCGAGGCGGAGCAGAUAUACGUACGGGCACUGGUCGGGCGGGAGAAGGCGCUGGGACCGGACCACACGGGGACUCUCGGCGUCGUCAACAAUCUCGGGAUCCUAUACCGCAACCAAGGCAAGCUAGCCGAGGCGGAGCAGAUGUGCCAACGGGCGCUGGCCGGGUAUGAGAAGACGUGCUCUGAGACUAUUCCAGCCCUCAAUACUGUUUGCAACCUCGGGUUGGUGUAUCUUGCCCAAGGCAAGACAGACGAAGUGGUGAAAAUGUUGCAGCGUGCAGUGCUCGGACCUGGCCAUCCUCAUACACUGAAAGUGGUUAAAUUACUUGAAGCAAUUCUGCGGUGGAAAGGAGAAGAAAUAGGAACCAGAAGUCUGGAGUUGGUCAUGGUCCAAGAAAAAGGAAACGCCGUAUAA